AUGGCCCCUGCGCUAUGUGUGCUCUGCAAGACGGAGCGUGCGCUCAUCAAGCGGCCCAAGAACCACCAGAAGCUGUGCAAGACGUGCUUCAUCGCCGUCUUUGAAGACGAGGUCCACCACACGAUCACCUCGUCGGGCCUGUUUGGUCCGGGCGAACGCGUUGCGAUCGGCGCGUCCGGUGGCAAGGACUCGACCGUGCUGGCUUCGGUCCUCAAGACGCUCAACGAGCGCCACAAGUACGGCCUGGACCUCGUUCUGCUCAGCAUCGACGAGGGCAUCAAAGGCUACCGCGACGACUCGCUCGAGACGGUCAAGCGCAAUGCCGUGCAGUACGACAUGCCUCUGAAGAUUGUGGGCUACGACGAGCUGUACGGUUGGACCAUGGACCAGGUCGUCGAGACCAUUGGCAAGAAAGGGAACUGCACCUACUGCGGCGUCUUCCGGCGUCAGGCUCUUGACCGCGGCGCCAAGCUGCUUGAGAUCAAGCACGUCGUCACGGGACACAACGCGGAUGACGUCGCCGAGACGGUGCUGAUGAACCUGCUGCGGGGCGACCUGCCGCGUUUGUCCCGAAGCACAAGCAUUGUGACGGGCGGCGACCGUGCCGACGUCGAUGUGAAGCGCAGCAAGCCGCUCAAGUACGCGUACGAAAAGGAGAUUGUGCUCUACGCGCAUCACAAGAAGCUGGACUACUUUAGCACCGAGUGCAUCUACAGCCCGGAAGCAUUCCGCGGCAGCGCGCGCAGCCUCAUCAAGAACCUCGAACGGGUGCGUCCGAGUGCCAUCCUGGACAUUGUGCGUAGUGGCGAGGACAUGGCCCGGCUGGUGCCCGGCGCUGCACCCAUUGCAUCCUCCUGUUCCUGCUCCGGGUCCGCAGGCAAGGCUGGAAAGACGACAGCAACAGCAAGCAAGGCCGCGGCAGGUGCACCACCAUUGCCAGUCGACGACGGCACCGAUGGCGGGGGUGGAGCAGGCGGGUGCGGCUCACAGGGCGGCCGCUCGUCGGGCAACGAGCUGGCGGCGAUGGAGGCACACCUCAAAAGCAACGAGGCCGCCGAGUCACUUGAGACCGACAUGGCCUCUCUGUUCCUAGCCCGGAAACAGCAGCAGCUGGACGACGGACACGUGCCUGCAAAUAAAACGAAGGCUGCUCCGCCGCCGGCACCGACAUCACCAGCAGCAACGUCAACGCCCAGCCAGCCACAAGGCAGAAACGCAGUCGCCAAGCAAGUUCUCGGAACGUGCGUAAAGUGCGGCUACAUGUCCAGCCAGGCCAUGUGCCAAGCGUGCACAUUGCUGGAAGGCCUGAACAAGAACCGGCCACAGAUCCAGAUAUAG